CUGACAUCAGAGGCGCAGCUUCAGGGAGAAACUCAGCUCUGCUCUGUAGUGUGCGUGGAGACAAGCAAAGAGCAGGGUGGUAAAAGAAAAAACUUUCCUCUGGAACACAUCAACCAUUGCAGUUUAUUCCUCUCUGUAAACACAGCUCUGGAUCAUGCACCUGGGAGAAAAGAAGAUCUUUCUGCCUGAACACAGCUUGUAUUUGUAAUUCAUCAGCACUGAGCGCAGUUUCCGGGAUAUCAGCCCACUGUUUUUGGGCAAGAUUUGCUCUGCAUCUGUUGGGAUUUUUCCGCUCUUUCUGACGUUUAUCUGUGAUAACUUACUCUCGCCAAUUAAUUCAUCUUCAUACAUCCUGCAGCCACAACUACAACAUGGAGACACAUUCAUAACAAGGAUGAAAUCUUCGCUUGCAGAGAGAAGUUGAGCUCUGUGCUCGAGUUCAACAGGGCCACUUCCUGAUGAUGACAGUAAACAUGGAUGACGGUCUCCAAAAUGGACCGGGACAGCACAGGAACUUACAAGAUGACGAGGAGGCGCUAAACUCCAUUAUGAAGGACCUGGCAGCCCUGGGUCGCUGCUACACCCAGCACAACAGCCACAAGCCCAAGAACAGAACCUUACUCUACAAACAGGAUUUAAGAGUCAAGCUGGAGCAUGAGAGAGAAAAACGAAUCAUCCCGUUCCAGAGGCCGCUGAAAGUCAAGGAACUGCUGCAGAAAGUGACCGAGGCCUUUGGCCAGCAGAUGGACAUGUUCUUCAUGGAAAAAGAGUUGCUGCUGCCCCUGAAGACCCAGGAGGACCUGGAUCAGGCGGUGCUGACGUUGGGCUGCAGCUCGGGGACCAACGGGCUACUCAGGAUACUGCUAAAGACCCCGAAGAAUUACCUACAGGUGAACAGCAGGGACAAACAGAGCGAGAUGAGGUCAUCACGGUCACUGGGAGAUCUGAAGGGCUCCCUGCUCAAGGGCUCGGAGAGGGUGCGCAAACACUCGACAGGUUCCCUGCACACAGGUCGGACGUCCCCGCCUCCUGGCAGCGUCCCCGAGGAGCAGCAGCAGAUUGCCCGCCAGGGUUCCUACACCAGCAUCCACAGUGAAGGGGAGUUCAUCCCCGAGACCCAUGACCAGAAUAUGCUGGAUCCAUUUGGGAGCGCAGACAACUCACUGUCGAGCAGCUGUCAAUCAAUAGAUCAAGCACUGGACAGUCCUCCUUACUCGCAGAACAACCGUGACAAUAAUUACCUGAACCUCAACUAUGAAUACAAAGGUCGCCAUGGAAAAGGAGGGACUUUCCCUCGCCAGUUCCAGUUGCCCAAUCGCAGCAAGGAUUAUGGAGACCGUCGCAGGACACUUCCGCGCAGCUUUAUGCCGCAGGAGAACCUGUUUCAGCUGGUUCCUUCCAGUCGCACACGCAGUUACAAUGGAGACAGUAGUACGCUGCAGUACAGCGACCUGCGCUCUCUGGGCCGCACCGCUGACAAAAGCUGCCAGCGUGGUACAGCCAAGUCGCCGCGGGCACCAGUCAACUGGCGACAAGGAAAGCUCCUGGGGCGCGGGGCAUUCGGGGAGGUCUACCUCUGUUAUGAUGCCGACACAGGCCGUGAGCUGGCCGCCAAGCAGGUGCCCUUUGAUACCGACUGUCAAGAAACCAGCAAGGAGGUGAAUGCUCUGGAGUGUGAAAUUCAGCUGCUGAAGAAUCUGCAUCAUGAGCGGAUUGUACAGUACUAUGGUUGUCUUCGGGACCUUGAACAGAGGAAACUCACAAUUUUUGUGGAGUUUAUGCCCGGGGGCUCAAUAAAGGACCAGCUAAAAGCCUAUGGGGCCCUGACAGAGAAGGUGACGAGGAGAUACACCAGGCAGAUCCUCCAAGGAGUCUCCUACCUGCACAGCAACAUGAUUGUACACAGAGACAUCAAAGGUGCUAACAUCCUGAGAGACUCCUCAGGGAACGUGAAGCUGGGAGACUUUGGAGCCAGCAAACGUAUCCAGACCAUCUGCAUGUCUGGUACAGGAAUCAAGUCCGUCACUGGCACCCCCUACUGGAUGAGCCCUGAAGUCAUCAACGGGGAGGGCUAUGGCCGCAAAGCUGAUGUAUGGAGUGUUGCCUGCACGGUUGUGGAAAUGUUGACCCAGAAACCUCCAUGGGCCGAGUACGAGGCCAUGGCAGCCAUUUUUAAGAUCGCCACCCAGCCUACAAAGCCUGUGCUUCCCGAUAGUGUGUCCGACGCAGGCAGGGACUUUCUGCGGCAGGUGUUUGUGGAAGAGAAGUGGCGGCCCACUGCAGACGUUCUGCUCAGCCACCCAUUCGUCCAGGGCUGCUUCUGAGGCCGGCGGACCCCCCUCCCCUCCCUUUGCCUGUGAGGCUUCUGCGGUCCUGGGACCUCCCCUCCUCUCUGGCCCGCCCCAUCCCCAGGGUCCCCCUCUCUUUCGUCACCAGACUCCAGGGCUCAGCAUCACUUCAAAUUCCUGCCCUGCCAUCUAUCACCAGUGUCUGCCUUGUCAGGACUCCUGUGUCUCUCACCAACUAGCACAACCUGGAUUACUCACGGAGAGGCCAGGUUGACUGCUGUCAGACCGCCAGAGUCCUCCGAGGCGUCGCAGCGUGUUGCCUCAGGAGGGGACUCGCGAGAAAGCACUUAGCAGUCUCACAAGCUGCAGACUGCAGUCCUUUAACAAGAGCAGGAAAAGUGACACAAGUUAGAGAGCAGUGGGGUCUCAAGCUUUCUGGGUCUUUACUCUCAUUUUCUGUCAAAGGACAGUGUCCAGGUUUGGCCAGACGCUAUGUAAGCGUGACUGACUGGUGACAUUGAUCACAUCGGAUAGUACUGUAAGUAACUCAUCAGUCUCAGUUAGCUGUGUGUGAAAUUAAGAUGGUAAAAUAUUUUUAUAUGACAUACAAUAACACAUACAAAGUCAUCUUAGCCGAUGAGUUUUCUAUUGUCACUUAAAAAAUGUAAAUGAAUUUUUGUCAACGCCUUACAAUAAGAAUUUGUAAGUAAGAAUGUCUUUUUUUAAACAUCUUAGAGGGUUGCAUUACCCUACUUUCAUGGCACUCAGAACCCCAUUUAGAAGGACUGUCAACAUUGCACUUUUGAUAUCAUGCAUUGAAACAUUUCCAACAUGCAGGAUAAUCAACUGAGGAGAUAUUUUUCUAUUUGAAGCAUUUUUUAAAAAAUCAUUUUGUAUGGAGAAUUGUGUAAAGAAAAAAAGAACCAAACUUUUGCAUCAUUGUGCAAUGUCUAUUAAGCAAUACCAACACUACUGUUGGAGUCUGUGACAGCCAUUCCAGCUUCCCAUGCAGUGAGCCUCGACUCCAUUGAAAAAAGUGGCCAAAGAAAAGUUGCAGAAACUUUAGGCUAUGUUCAUGUGCAGUAUUAGUCAUGUUGGAUUGUUUUGUCACCUUAGAGCCCUAUAGCCUUUUCCAUGUUACGGCAGCUUCGUGCACAGACCAAAUCAGAUGCAUUGACGUCACAUUGUGUGUUGAGUAUGAAAAGAUGUGAAGUUCGAUUGAAUUAUGCAUCUCUUAUACAUUUUUGUUUUAACUUCAGUAUGAAUCCAGUCACCCCAUGCCUUUACUUUGCUUUCCACACUAUAUAAAUGGGUCACUUAAUGGCCACUUGACAGCACACCUUGCUCUGAGUGAUGUCAUUUGAGAUCAUAUUACAAGUCGCCAUAAAGGGUCAAGUUGGAAAUAUGUAGCUAAAUGCUGUAUUCUAUAAAAUGGAGGUGAGAUAAAACUUUAACUGUGGAGAUUGAAGUUGGAGGUGUAGUGACUAGCUGUAAUACAGUGGCACUUAAAGAUUGUUCAAAUCUGUUGUGGACCCUUGUCAGUGCCUUAUCUGAAUCUGCUUAUAAACACAAAUGUUCACUGCCAAAGCAGAAAGCUUCUUAAUAAGGUGAGCAGCUGUUCAGUAGAGAGCACACACAGGAUUUGCUGAAGUUCUUUUAUAUGAAAAAAUAAAGAUUAUACUGUAAAUACAUAUUGUUCUGCACUUUUGUAGGAAAUUUCUUUACAUUAUAUACAAAUCUAUUUGAUGAAAUAGCUCGUUAUACAGUAGAUUGUACUGUGAUGUAUGAUUGUCUCUUUGAGAGCUGGCAGGCAAUAUGAAAAGACUGGGAGGCUUUCGAUUGGGACAGAGUGUGUUUUGUCUUAAGUGACAAAGCUUUGAAACAUGAAAUGUAUCAAGUCAUUGAUCUUUUGUACAUUUAACUUAAUAAAUCCAAGGUCUAAAACUA